GUCGGCGAGGAUGGAACAGCCAGUGAUUGCCGUGUAGUCUCAGGGUGAUGGUGUCUUCUCGGCCGGAAUGAAGUGCUACGUGUUAUUUCUCCUUCCGAUCGGCGUACUCGCCGGUUCGGAUUUUCUCCGGAUGUUCCCCCAAAGGCAGACGGCCCCUGUCGACCCGUGUUACGACGAAGACGGCCCGAAAAGGUGCAUACCCGACUUCGUGAACGCCGCGUUCAACAACCCUGUGGAAGCGAGCAGCACCUGCGGAGCUUUCGGUCCGACCCGCUACUGCGACGCGCCAGACCCGGCGUCGUGUUCCGUGUGCGACGACGCCCAGCCUAAACGGCGGCACCCUGCAUCUUAUCUGACCGAUUUGAACAACGCGAACAACGUGACCUGCUGGCGUUCGGAACCUCUGGUGCCUCCAACAUCGGCCAAUUCUCCUCCGGACAACGUGACUUUAAAGCUUUCCUUAGGGAAAAAGUACGAACUGACCUACGUCUCCCUACAAUUCUGCCCCAAAGCCCCCAAACCGGACUCAAUAGCCAUAUAUAAAUCCAUGGAUUACGGAAAGACCUGGCAACCUUUCCAGUUUUACUCCGGCCAGUGUAAGAAGUUCUACGGACGGCCUAACAAAGCGAUGAUAACCAAAGCCAAUGAGCAAGAAGCCCUCUGCACCGACUCGCACAGGUUCACCGGAGACUCUCCGAUUUCCUCUAGGAUCGCGUUCAGCACCCUCGAGGCCCGGCCUUCCGCCGCGGAUUUCGACAACUCGCCGGUUCUUCAGGAUUGGGUGACCGCCACAGACAUCAAAGUCAUAUUCAACCGGCUCAACUUUCAUAUAGAAGAGCAGGAAGACAAGAAGGAAGAGGACAUGAAGGAAAAGGUCGUCCUCAACCCGGAGCAGGACCUGGCCGACGAGGCGGUCGUACCGCAGAUCGUAACGACAACCCCGGCCACUAUGUCGUACCAGUACGCCGUGUCCGACUUCGCCGUCGGUGGUCGGUGCAAGUGCAACGGUCACGCCAGCAAAUGCGUCUCGACGGGCAGCGGCCAACUGUCCUGCGACUGCAAGCACAACACCGCCGGACGCGACUGCGAAAGAUGCAAACCGUUCCAUUUCGACAGACCAUGGGGACGAGCCACUGCCAGAGAUGCCAACGAAUGCAAAGGUAAAUUUUUCAAUAUAAAAAUGAAUGCGUUUAUAUAACCAACACGACUCGACGCACGGCUUUCUGAAU